AUGCCCAUCACACGAAUCGAGGACAAUCCGCUGCUCGCGAUCAACGUCAGACUUUGGAAAUUUCUUUCCGUACUCUUUGCGCGCAAUUGGCUCCGUUGUGCCGCAUUUGUGGCGCCAGUUUGCCUGAUGAAUGCAAUGCAAUUUGUUUAUUUGUACCAACAGUGGGGUGAUUUGGCUACUUUCAUUUUGAAUACUUUCUUUGCGACAUCCAUAUUUAAUGCUUUGCUGCGUACGUGCCUCGUCAUUAAGAAUCGAGAUAAAUUUGAAGCGCUAAUACAGGAGCUGGUAACGAUGUACGAUGAUAUAGAGGCAACUGGCAAUGAUUAUGCCAAGCGUGAAUUGGCAGCUGCCACCAAGGCUGCGCGUAAGAUUUCAAUCUUCAAUUUAUCAGCUUCAUUUUGCGAUAUAAUUGCGGCAACAUUAUUUCCUCUUUUUCAGGAAAACAGAAUUCAUCCAUUUGGCGUCGCACUGCCUGGUAUAGAUGUCACACGCUCGCCACUCUAUGAAAUCGUCUACAUUAGUCAAUUACCUUGUCCCUUCACUCUCACCAGCAUGUAUAUGCCUUACGUCAGUCUCUUCGCCUCAUUUGCAAUGUUCGGUAAAGUUGCUCUCAAAGUAUUGCAAGAUAAUCUUCGAAAUCUAUGUGAUAAUAUGCAGCAUAAAAGCGAAAUGGAACUUUUCAAUUUAUUACGCUCGAAUAUAUCAUAUCAUGCAAGGAUUUCUAAAUAUGUAAAUGACUCUAAUGAACUCGUCACUUAUAUGGUUCUCAUUGAGUUUAUGCUCUUCAGUUGUGUUAUUUGCUCGCUGCUUUUUUGCAUCAAUAUUACCAAUUCUACGGCUGAGAAAAUAUCCAUUGUGAUGUAUAUUGGCACUAUGUUGUAUGUGCUUUUUACUUAUUACUGGCAAGCAAAUGGUAUAUUGGAACAGAGUCUUCUGGUGUCUGAUGCCGCUUACGAAAUGCAAUGGUAUAAAUGUAGUCAACGCUUCAAACGUACGCUUCUCAUAUUCAUUGGUCGUACUCAAAAACCUUUGCAGAUUCGUGUUGGACAAAUGUCGCCAAUGACCAUGGAAGUAUUUCAAUCACUCUUGAAUUCAUCAUAUUCAUAUUUUACUCUUCUGCAUAAUCUCUAUAAUGAUUAG